GGGAACUUCUCCCUCAGCCAAUCACUGCUCGCUGCUCCAGCGCGUCACAUAAAGAAACAUGGCGGCGCACAUCACCGGAGCUGUGAAACGAACUGUACCACAGGACAGCGGCUGGCUCCUGCCCGCAGCCUGGCAGUUGUGUACCAAAGCAUGGCGUCAACACCAUCACUCUGCAGGCCCCUCGCUGCGCUACGUUCCCCGCAGGGCCGUUCUCUACUGCCCCGGCAAUGAUGAGCGAAAAUUGAGGAAGCUGGCCUCGCUUGAUGUCGACUGCGCCGUCUUGGACUGCGAGGACGGUGUAGCCCUCAGCAAAAAGACAGAAGCCAGGGAGACCAUCCCCAAGAUGUUAGCAGAACUGGACCUGGGCCGGACGGAGAAGUGUGUGAGGGUGAACUCUGUGUCCAGUGGCUUAGCCGAGGCUGACCUCGAGGUCAUCCUGCAGGCUGAGGUUCUCCCUCCUGCGAUCAUGCUGCCCAAAGUGGAGGACACGCAGGAGGUGCAAUGGUUUGUUGACAGGUUUCAGCGCAACUUGAAAGGACGGCCGCUGACAGAACCCAUCCGCCUGGUCACCUUUGUGGAAACCGCUGUGGGCCUGCUCAAUUUUAAGGCGGUGUGUGAGGAACUGCGUGGACUUGCUCCAGCAGCUGGUCUGCACCAUGACGGAGUGGUGUUUGGCUCUGAUGACUUCUGUGCCAGCAUAGGUGCCACACGAACCAAAGAUGCCAGGGAGCUCCUUUAUGCGAGGCAGAAGGUGGUGGUGACCACCAAAGCGUUUGGGCUGCAGGCCAUCGACCUGGUCUACAUCGACUACAAAGACCUGGAGGGGCUGAGGCGACAGGCCAGAGAGGGAGCCCUCAUGGGAUUCACAGGUAAGCAGGUGAUCCACCCAGGGCAGAUCCAAGCUGUGCAGGAGGAGUUCUCCCCCAGUCCUGAGAGGGUCGAGUGGGCCAAAGAGCUCAUUGCAGCUUUUGACCAGCACCAAAAGGAGGGGAAGGGAGCGUUCACCUUCCGUGGCAGCAUGAUCGACAUGCCCUCUGUGAAGCAGGCACAGAACAUCCUCUCGCUCUCCGUCGCCGUGCCAGAGAAACGACACGACCGAUAAGCAGAAACACGAUGGAACCACACGACGCGACCCUGACAGGAGAGGUCGAUGGACACUGGGAUUGCUGCAGGUUUCAUGAACAAAAAAAAAGAGCACUUUUUAAGGCUUUGAAACUCACGCUGGUGAAAGUUUGGGGUUAUGUUUUUUUUUUUAAGAACUGUUGAAAUACUUGUAUUUAAUUCAUGUGAUUGUCGGGCCGUUUCCAGAGGGGAUGAUUAUGUUAAAAUAUACCUUCAGAUGUUUUCAACUCUGUGAAAACUGCCCGUAGCGAGCAUGGAACAGCAGAAAUCUGUGUCUUGAAGUGUGUGUCGAGGAUUAUUUCCCCCGUGCGGGCCACUUUCUUGGCACACUCUGAAGUGUGUGUGCGCCGUCCUGUCACUCUUCAGUGUGUGUCCUAGGUCAUGAUGAAUGCUCUCCCAUCUCCACGGUCCAGGCAGCUGGGCGAAAAGGGUAAACAAACACAACAAGCCACUGUUGUUGGAGCUAUUCAUUAGGCCCCAGUCCUCCAGUCAGGCCUCAGCACCCCCCCUCCCCCCUCCCCCUCUCCCCUGCCCAGGCCCUGACUCUCAGACAUCAAAGUCCCACUCACUGGAAAAAAAAAAAAACCUGAUGGAAGUGCAUAAACUCACUAUUUAGCUUUUUUUUUUGUGUGUGCGUCUGUCUCCUUAGCAAAGACAUGCAGCUCGCUCUGUGGCAGCUGCAGGCCUGUGGUCUUGAUGGAGAAGGCGUGCAGUGUCAGACACACCAUGACCUGCACGAAAAAUAAACACUGUAUACAUGCACACGCUGCGGCACUGUUCCACAACUGAUCUCUCAUUUAGCACCAACUUCCACUGAAAUAACCAGCUACAGCGUCUGGGAUGACAUUCACCUGUGUGUUUGUGUUUUAAUAAAGGAAACAUUUAAAUUGAUUUCCUGACAUCAACAAGAAGCACAUCUACUGGCAGAACUGCAAGAAAUAUUAACGAUUUCUGAACUUCUAAAUGUAAAUUACAACAAAAAAAAAAGUGGCGGGGACACGGACACACUUUGCAAAAUAAAUACAUUAAAAAUUGAAACUGGAGAAAACACAGACAAGACGACACAAAACCGUAUUCGAACAAAGUGAAGACAACAAUUGAAAUGCCAUCUUGAUGGAUUAUCCGCCACAUAAACAAAAAAGUCUGAAAGGGUUUUACUUCUUGAACGACCCCCCCCCCCCCCCAUCCCUACACUUCAGUUUGUAUCUGCAGUCCUGGAAACAUGAACCUUUCUUUUUUAAGUCCAUUUAAAAGGCAAUCGACCCUGUCUGUUUGCUUUUCUUAUAAACCUUUAAAUGAUUUCUUACAACAAGAAGAAGCAAAUAAAAGCCAAUCUGCAAAAAAUAUAAAUUAUUUCAGUGCAUGGGUACUCCAAAAAAAAAAAGACAGCAGCAACACACUUAAACACAUUUUAAUGGACACACACAGAUAAAUCCAACAGUCUAAAAACAAACUGUGCAAUGCAGCAUAGGGGAAUCCUCCACCACACAAACAAAAAAGUAUGAAAGAGCUCCAGAAAUGUACACAGAACGUGACUCCUUGAACGCCUCCCUUUCCUAAACCUCAGUCUACACCUCUAAUGUUGACAUUUAAACGUGACACUCUACAACAAAGAUCCUUCACCUUCUGUUCUUUGCAUCACCAAAAUGUAGUCGCUCUCUUUAUUUUAUUUUUUUACCUAGCUUUACAUGGUAACUUUUCCAAAUGAAACAAAAGAAUGAACUCCCGGAAAAGUUCUGUGAAGUCAAAUAUAUUCAAAUUCAAACUACUUAAUUAAUCCCACUAGAGGCAAUUGGUUUAGAGCAGCUUUGACAUAAAAAAAACAAAAGCCACAUACAUACAACACUAAAGUAGUACAAGGUGAGUACAAUGAAGGCUCUGUGCGGUGUUUGUACACGUCUGACUUCCAUAGACAGUGAAGUGGGUGUGAUGUUGGAGUGAGACAGAUUAGUGGCCAUGUUGCUCCAGCAGACCAGGACCGAGGCUUUGUCUCUCUGACUGCGGAUGGGAGGAUAAUUGGGGGGGUGUUGAAUGGUUAAUAGUGCCAUUGGUGACCAUGGUAAUGAAAGGCACCACACCUCCCCUACCCCACCUCGUCCACUCAUCUCUCCCUCUCUCCUUCUCUCCCUCUCUCUCUCUCUCUCUCUCUCUCUCUCGUACUGUAUGAGCUAUUGUGUCUGGGGCAGGACGCCGGUCUGUGCCAGGCCAGGCCAGACAAAAAAAAAAAAGAUCGAAACCCACUCCUGCGCCCAGCCAAAGACCCCAACAGUAAGCCGUCUCGUUGGCAUCGGGCCACAUACAUUCUCUCACCCCUGGCUCACUUCUUUGCUGUCGGGAAUUCACAUUCGGCUUGUUUGUUUGUUUUUCGCCAAAUCUACCAUUACACACCCCGAGGUUGCUGUUGUGUUUGACUUUCAUGAAAUAAAUCCACAAGCACUGUUCUGGUGAGGCCAUUUUUUUGGUCUGAUCUUUAAAAUCAAUGUGUGUGUGUGUGUGAUUAGAGAUGUUUUCCAGUUACAGAACUAGCAGAUUGUCAUGUGUCAUGAACUGAUUGCUUCAGUCUCAGAAUGUAUCCUGAUGUUGUGCUGUGUCAUUAAAGCGGGAACGUCUGA